AUGCCAAACUUGAGAAUGAAUUCAGUAUUAGCUUUUGUCAGCCUCAUUCUCUUCAUAUAUCAAACUCACUCCAACACUUGUAUUGCCUAUGCUUCCUAUCCUAGAAAUGAAAUGGACGAGGCGGCAUUGCUUGCCUUCAAGGACAAGAUGAUUGAAGAUCCUCGAGGGAUCAUGAGUUCCUGGAAGGAGUCCGUUAGUCAUUGCAACUGGUCAAGAGUUUCUUGCAGUCGUCGGCAUACGGGAAGAGUCACUGCCCUUGACUUGAUGAAUCAAAAGCUCAUUGGCACAAUACCUCCUGACAUAGGGAAUCUCACCUUCUUGAGACGAAUUGAUCUGAGGGCAAAUCGACUUCGAGGCAACAUUCCAGAAGAGUUCGGAAGGUUGUUCAGACUGAAAAGGUUAGUCCUUGGCAACAAUGAACUUGAAGGGGAGAUACCACGGAAUUUGUCAUCUUGCAUAGAUAUGCAGUACCUCUGUUUGAACUUUAAUCGGCUUAGCGGGAGGAUACCUGAUGAGCUUCGGUAUUUAGUUGAGAGAAAACUCAUUACUUUUGUGGUCGGAUGGAACAAUCUUACUGGGGGAAUUCCAAAUUGGUUGGGGAAUGGAUCUUCACUUGUAAACUUAGAGUUGCAACAAAAUAACCUAAAAGGUCGAAUACCGGCCGAGCUUGGAAGCAUCUCAAGAUUAGAAUUAUUACAUAUAGGUUUUAAUAAAUUAAUAGGACGCAUCCCUUCUUCUAUAUACAACCUUACAUCACUUCUCUCCCUUGCUGUAAAUGGUAACGGCCUACAUGGAAAAAUCCCACCAGAAAUUGGCAACAAUUUUCCACAUCUCCAGUCUCUUUACCUUGGGCAAAAUCGAUUUUCAGGGCAAGUGCCACAUUCGCUGCCUAAUGCUACUAGACUUGGAGAUCUAUUUCUCGAAAGAAAUAGCUUUACGGGGAGUGUGCCUGCCAAUAUGGGAAACUUGAUGGAUCUUACAAAAAUUUCUUUUAGUGUAAACAAGUUACAAACAGGACUUGACGGCUUAAGCUUCCAUACCGCUUUAACCAACUGCACUAAAUUGAAAUAUUUAGAUUUUGGCUACAACAUUUUUAGGGGAGAAAUACCUGCUUCCGUUGCCAAUUUCACGAAUUUGCUUCGAAUCUUAAGCCUGGCAGAAAAUCGGAUCACAGGAAAUAUCCCUCCAGAAAUUGAGAAUCUGAAUGGCUUACAGAUCUUGGCGUUAUACAACAACAGCAUCGAUGGUGAGAUUCCCCAUGGCAUUGGUAAGCUUCAAAAUUUGACCUAUCUUUACCUAUGGGGCAAUAGUAUUUCGGGGGCAAUUCCUUCCUCUCUUGGAAACGUCACCCAAUUGCUUCGCCUGUCCCUUCAAUAUAAUCAAUUAGAAGGUAACAUUCCCCCAAACCUUGGGCGGUGUCAACAAUUGCAAGCACUGGCGCUAUCAAAUAACAACCUUAACGGUACAAUACCCAAAGAGGUCAUCGGCCUUUCUUCUUUGUCCCUCUAUUUUGGAGUUGCUGGAAAUUCCUUAACGGGGCCAUUACCCCUUGAAGUGGGAAAUAUGAGCCAAAUUGUGGAAGUCGAACUCUUUGACAAUAGCCUGACUGGAGAAAUACCAAGCACUUUGUCCCAGUGCCUGAUGCUGGUAAACUUGGACAUGGCAGGCAAUUUUUUUGAAGGAAGCAUACCGCCUUCUCUAAGGACCUUGAUUGGCCUUGUGUACCUCAAUCUCUCCAGAAACAGAUUGUCCGGUCAAAUUCCCAUCUAUUUCGAGAAUUUCACUGUGCUUGAAAAGUUGAAUUUGUCCUUUAAUAGCCUUGAAGGAGAGGUACCACAUGAGGGGAUUUUCAGAGAUACAAAGCGCAUAUCGAUAAUGGGAAACAAAGAACUAUGUGGGGGCAUCAAGGAACUUGGACUUCUCACAUGCAAAGUCCAUGACAUCAAGAAGCGGAGAAAGCUUCCAAAACUGAAAUUUUUUAUUGCGGUAACUAUCUCAUUUCUAAUCGUGUUGACAUGCUUUAUUGUUGUUGUGUACUGGAGGAGGAAAUCUAGGACGAGACCUAGUGUUGCAUUGCCAACAGAGGAGCGCUUCCAAAAGGUUUCCUAUGCAAAGCUUCGCCAUGCAACCGGUGACUUCUCGCCAUCUAAUUUGAUUGGCCAAGGGAGCCAUGGCUUUGUGUACAGUGGAAUGCUGGAUGGAAAUCGACAGGUGGCAGUGAAAGUUCUCAAUUUAAAUCAAAAGGGGGCUUUUAAUAGCUUCUUGGCAGAAUGUGAAGUGCUAAGAAACAUACGCCACCGAAAUCUUGUCAACAUCAUCACCGUUUGCUCGAGCAUUGAUUUCACAGGUGCAGAAUUUAAGGCUCUAGUCUACGACCUGAUGCGAAAUGGUAGUCUAGAACAGUGGUUGCACCCUGGCGAAAAUCAGCUUGAUGUGCCAAAGCUCAAUCUCAGACAGAGAUUAGAUAUUGCCAUUGAUGCAGCUUCUGCCAUUGAAUAUCUGCACCACCAUUGCCAGAUGAGCAUUGUACACGGUGAUCUAAAGCCAAGCAAUGUUCUUCUUGAUCAUGACAUGGUAGCUCGAGUGUGUGAUUUCGGGCUAGCGCGAUUUCUUCGCGAGAGCACAAACCUAGAUGCUUCUCAAUGUCAAGCAAGCUCUAGUGGGUUAAAAGGAACCAUUGGCUAUGUAGCUCCAGAAUAUGGCCUCGGUCGUACUUCAUCGUUGCAGGGAGAUGUGUACAGCUUCGGGAUACUGUUGCUUGAGAUGUUCAUUGGAAUAAGACCUACUGAUGUUAUGUUCAAGGAUGGAUGGACCCUCCAUGAAUUCGUAAAGACUGCUCGGCACAAAAGCUUGGUGAAGAUCCUAGACCCUUCACUACUAUCCAUGGAGCAUCCUGUAGGGAUCGACUAUGGCCAAUUUAGUGAUGCCGGCACGGUUAGAUUUGAGGAAAACAUUGCUAACAUAAUGAGAAUCGGAGUCCUCUGCUCAGCAAAACUUCCGAUUGAGCGCAUGGACAUGACAAAUGCAUUAUCCAAGUUAUGUGCUGUCAGAGAGAAGCUUUUCAGGUGUGGCAUGUAAGAUUAGGAAGAGGAUUUAACUUCUCUGUUGCAAUUUUAAUUCCGUUUCAGUUUAUUCCAAUGUGAAUGUAAACGCAAAAUGCAAGUCUACUGCUUCAUGUAUCUAUAAUAGGCAAAGAAUUUGUUAUCUCUAUAUC